CAUACAUUUGUGUGAAGGAGAAUAUAAUGUAUGUAAAGGUGACAUGCGUGCGCAUGUUGUGUAUUGUAUUUUUCUUUUCAAUUGAAAAGUAUACGUAAUAUAUGUAGACAGAUACAAACAACAUAAUAGUAUACACUUUUUUCCUGCUUUAAUACUGCGAUUCAUAAAUUUCUUUACUGUCACAUUAUUCUAUCAGUUAUAAUUGUGACUGGUAUCUGCAUUUUUAAAAGAAAAUUUUUACCAACCAUAUUUUCCUGUGUGGCAAUAGAACGGUAAUACAAACUUCAACAGAUAAGUCUCACAUAACUAUUGAAGAUGCUUGUUCGUCACACAUACUCAGGGUUAACAUUAACAGGUAUAAUGCAUUUGGUCCUUGGGGGUUUUUGUUUUGCUUCUUCACUGGUUGCCUUCAAUACAAAGCGUUGGUUUGGCAGACAACUACUCUAUUCACCCUACUAUGGAGUCAACACUGAAGAGCUGCCCUACAUAUCUGCCGUAUUUGGAUGUAUUGCAAGCCUGUGGGUUAUGGUAGUUGGGAUAUUUGGAAUGAUUGUUGGUAAAAAUUCAAUCUCACCAAUUCACUCUAUGAAACUGAAAAUUACCUAUAUGAUCCUUUCCAUUUUGUCAGCAUCUGUCUUUGCACACACUGGAAUUGGUGCUUUUGCUAGCCAUGCAUUAUGGCUUCGUUAUCAUAAUCCAACAAGACUCUAUAUUUUGUUUAGUCUUGCAGCAUUUGCUAUGGUUGUGGAAUUCGUUUUGUCAAUUGUCUCUUCAUCCUUGUUGUGCUGCUGUUCAAUAAAUGAGGGAACAAGUGUUUGGGUAUCAACAAACCAGACAGCUGAAUUUAUAAACCCAGCAUCUGAUAUGAAUGUUGCACCAGCCAUUGGAUAUCCUCCAAAUGUUGUACCGGCAUAUGAGCCUGUACAAGAAAAACAUGGAUUUGAAAUGAAAUGCCCAUAAAUUGUGAAAAUGAGAAAUAGUUCGGAAAUAUGCAUAUGUUAAUUUUGUGUUUUGAUUAAUAAAUUUGAUUCAAUAACAGUAACUAAAAUUUUCUACAUUAACCCAUUCAUUUCUUGUUUUACAGUCAUAUCUAUAUAGCACAUAGAUAUACUAACAAACAUCUAUAUUCAACUGUUAAAGCAGUGGUUCUCAACAAGAGUUCAUAUGGCCCCUUGUGGGGAUCAUAUCAGAUUUUGUUGUUAAAAUUUAUGAAGAAUAGUUCUACAAUAAACAAAACAUUUUAACAAUUUUUAAAAAAUUUCCUACUAAUAUUCAGUUAUAUAAAUAUUACAGUAUUUUUUAAACAUUGAAUAGCUGGGAGGGUCUAUCCAAGUAAAAUAGGAAUUUAAAAAAUCCAUAGGCAAAAUACGUGUUGAGAAUCACUGUUAAAGUAAACAGCCCUUGCCAAUUUGUACUAUUUUUAUUGAAGCUAUCCCUAUUCAAAUAUCCAUCUGAGCUAUUUUACUGUUUAAAGUUCAUGUAAGGAAUUUUAAAAUUCCCAUUAAUUUAGUGUACAUAUUUACACUACAUAUUUUUGAUUACUUUUUAUUUUUCUAGAAUAAAAUAUCUUUCAUUAACUGCCA